AUGCAGAGUCCCUCAGCGAGCCUGACCGGGUCUGCCUACGGAAGCACACCUGCAUUUACAAAGGGUCUACAAAACAUAAAAGCUACCAAGGGUCAAUUAGUGGUUUUUGAAUGUCGCGUUCGUGCUACACCCACCUUACAGGUUCACUGGUACAGAGAAUAUGAUCAGAUAAUAGAUUCUGCCGAUUUCCGCAUACUACGAAAAAAGGCUUGUUCAUCAGCUGUUCCUGAGGAAGUCUGCACCCUGGUUAUUACAGAAGCUUUUCCAGAAGACUCCGGAAUAUUUAAAUGUGUUGCUGAAAAUGAGUUUGGAUCUGCAGCAUCCAGUGCACAUCUCUCUGUUUCCCCAGGAGUGAAAGAGAUGGAAAGCUUUGCAGGUGCUGCCCACAGGCCAGCUGUGCAAGUCACCAUGAAGAAACCCACCUUCCCUAGGAGCAGCCAAACAGGAGCCAAGGACCGAGACGCGGCUGGCCUGCCGUCCUACGGCACGGAGACCCCGGGGCUGGGCAGUCGAGCAGAAGCCACAAACUUCAGCCAGGUGAACUCCAAGAGCGAAGCUGAAGAUUUUCAUGGAGCUUAUGGGAAUUCGCCUCGGGCUUCACCUCUGCGGUAA